AUGCUGCAGUUAGUCCGAGCCGCGUUGCGGCCAUGGGCUCUGCCCGCUGGCUGCCGGGGCCUGAGCUCGCUUGCGGAAGAGACAGCGUCACUGGCAGUGGAGCCGGAGCCGAUGGCAAUCGCAGGUCUCCCAGCGCCUGUGCUGCGCAAGUGCGAGCUUCCAGUGCGGACGCACAAGCGUCCGAUGCAAGCCUGGGUGGAGUCCCUACGGGGUUUCGAUCAGGAGCACGUGGGUCUGGCUGAGUUGCACCCCGAUGUCUUCGCCACAGAGCCCAGGUUGGACAUCCUGCACCAGGUCUCCGUCUGGCAGAGGAACUUCAAGCGAAUCAGCUAUGCUAAGACCAAGACGAGGGCUGAGGUGCAGGGUGGUGGCCGGAAGCCCUGGAAGCAGAAAGGCAGUGGGCGGGCCCGGCACGGCAGUAUCCGUUCCCCGAUUUGGCGUGGAGGAGGCAUUGCUCACGGCCCCCGGGGCCCCACGAGUUACUACUACAUGUUGCCCAUGAAAGUGCGGGUGCUGGGCCUCAAGGUGGCGCUGACUGUCAAGCUGGCCCAGGAUAACCUUCACAUUGUGGACUCCCUGGAGCUGCCAACACCAGACCCCCAGUACCUGACAGAGCUGGCCCAGUACCGCCGCUGGGGACACUCUGUCCUCCUUGUGGACUUGUUGCAUGAGGAGAUGCCACAGAAUGUGGUGUUGGCUACCUCUGGGCUAAAGACCUUCAGCCUGAUCCCAGCUGUAGGCCUGAAUGUCUACAGCAUGCUCAAACACCAGACCCUGAUCCUGACGCUGCGUACCGUGGACUUCCUGGAGGAGAAGCUGCUCUGGCAUGAUUCCCGCUACACACCUCUCUACCCCUUCCGCCUGCCCUACCGCGACUUCCCCUGA